AUGGCUUCACUUCCAGCACCACCGGACGGUGCUCCUCUACCGGAGAACAGCAAUAUCGACUUGGACGACAUACCGGAAGCCCCGCUCUCACGAUCUCGUUCACUCUCGAGCAGUCCAGCAGGCGCAGCACCGUCCGGCUCUCGUCUGAAGAACCGGCUACAGCUGCGCAAUGCUGGCUUUCGCGGACCCGAAGUACCAACCCGAAAGGUUACUCCAGUCUCGGUCACGGUCUCGAACUCCUGGUCCAACUCAUCCGUCAUGCAAUCUUCUGGAUCGAAUCUCUCCGACAUCGAAAACACACCUCCAGACGGCAAGGUUUCGGUUGGCAGCAGGAAGCCAAUUCAGGGUUCACGAGAUGCGAGCGGUGUCUUGCAGGAAAUAAGGAACACUGGAACUGUGCGACAAGCAAAGAACUCGCGAUCACGCGUGAUGUCCGGUCGGCUCUUUAGUCCGGAGACAGCAAACAUAGCGCAGGACGGCAACGACAGCGGCUCACCAGUACAAGGAGGCUCGAUCUCCAAGCGGACACGAUCAAUACGGAGCCGAGUCAAGAUGGGCAGACCACGCCGUUCGAUCAGUGGAGAGACACAGCAGUAUGUCGAACACCUCGAGGCCGAGCUUUCAGCUGCGCAAGCCCAGAUCUCAGCUCUGGCCUCUCCAACCUCGUCACGAGACCAGUCAGCGAGGAUGCGACAUCUCAGUGCCGAGACCAAGCAAUUGCAGGAAGAGAUCGCAGACUGGGAGACAAAGUAUGAGGAGCGGAUACGAGAUGAAGUUGAUCGACACUUUCAACUCGAGUCGAGUUUGCGAUCACGUCUACGGACAAUGGAACUGGAGGCCGAAGAGACGAGGUUCAAGAUGCUGGAACUGGCGUCACGAUUGGACAAUGCGACGGAGACUCUGAACGCUGCGGAAACGGCUAAUGUCAAUCUGGAGAAGCGGAUUGAGAUCAUGUCGGAAAUGCUCGCUGCGUCGCCGACCAAACACGACUUCCAUACGGAGGACCGAUCUCGUCAUGGCAGGCAACGGUCUAUGCUGCCUCGAUUCCCGACUGCUGGAGCUUUAAUGUCUCCCGAAAGAGCGACCUUCAAUCAGGCGUCCUCUCCAAAUCAGUCCAGAAUGAGCAUGCCCAUUCUGCCAGAGGCGUAUUCGCCGGAUGCAUGUUCAUCAGAUGAUGGUCAUCCCGCGUCCGAGGCGUCGAUGGUGUCGUCUUCCUACAAUGCCUUCAAUCCUCCACCGUUAUCGAGAACGAAUACCAAGAGAAGGAUGAGACGAUUUGGUGCUGGUAGCCUUGGUCCCAAGCCACUCAUUCUGCCGUCGACCUCCCACCACGACUCGGUCAUCGGAUCUACAGCAGGAAUGGACCGACAAGAGAUGGCAAGUCGCCUACCAUUCUCCAUGGACUACUCUAUGCAGGACCAAGACCGACAAAGCUGGCGAAAAUCAUCUGUCAAUUCGUAUGCUGGAUCGUUCCCUCCUUCCCUUCCAGGAUCACCGAGGCCAGCUGUGCUGCAUAAGCCGAUCUUUCCGGGGGAGCACGACGAAGAUGUUGUGGAGCAUGACCUCAAUUCACCCGAUGAAGAUGACCAUGAAGCAAUGCUAGACGACUUCUUCGAGAGCUCACCACUUCUGGAAAUCUCCGGCAUCGUUACCCCGACCUUGCGCGAUGGCGUGCAUGUUUCCGAUCGUGGAGCCAAUGCAGGCCGCAACCUCAUGGAUGAGUUGGCCGCAGUGCAGACAUCCGACCCAGCUUCAAGCACAGAAGCCUAUGCCUCCCGCAAAUCCGACUCUACCCCAAGCCAUCGCCUGCACUCAUCGCCCUUCCACUCCAUCUCCGAAGCGUUUACAUAUCCUCCAGGCCACACGCCACCAGCAGGCUCGAUCCGUAGCCCACCUACGAUAACAACAGUUUCAACCACCAAUCCUCGCCACCGCCGUCUGCACCGCCGCGUUUCCAGCCGUUCAGGAACCCGCUCCGCUCGACCGAAGUCAGUCACCUCCCUCUCAACCCUCGACAGCCUCACCCUGAGCUUCAGCAACAUCUUCCGCAACCCGGUCGCUAUGGCAAAACAUCUCGUCGAAACAGCACAGUCCCGCGCGAGAAUUCCUUCGUCAUUAUUUAACGUCCAAUGGUGGCUAGUCGGCAUCCUCCUCGGUCCCAUGGCAAAACGCCGAUUCCUUAAGAAGGCGAACGGGCAAGUGUGUUGUGCUGAGGAGGCAGCUAGGAGGUCUCUGCUCGGCGCAUCACCUUGCACAUCUCCGCCGAAUGACGAUGAUGGAGGAUCUGGCACGGCAAUGGACUAUGGAACCUUAUAUCAGACUCCACCGCCAUCUUCUUCACCUCCGACUCGCACUCAUAAGAGGAGGAGUUGGGAUGGUAGCGUGGCUGCUAAGCGCUGUCCGCAUCAUCCCAACCAUGCGAGUGCAGCGCAGGGAGCUGCUGCGGCGACGGCGACGAAGAGGAGUAAACACAGUCCGUGGCUGUGGUUGAAAUUCAGCUUGACGCUGGCGAUUGCGGUGGGAGUGGCGUUUAAAGACGGGCCGGGGAGUUUGUUGAAGAUGAAGAUUGGGAAGAAGGCGGGGAGUGCGAGUGGGAAUGGGAGUAAAGUUCAAAGUGCAAGUGCCGACAGGGAUGAGCCGGUUCAGGGCGCGGCGAAUUGGAGAGGCGCGAGUCGGGAUCCGAGUGGGGAUGAAGGUGGUGGUGGUGCUGGGAUGGAGGUGGGUAGCGCUGAGGUUGGCGGGUUGGGACUCGAUUCUGGGGUUGUGGACGGCGAUACUGCCGAGCCCGAAGGAGUGGGUGAUGGAGCGCCUGGAUGA